AUGGAUCAACACCAACGUAAUAUACAUGUUAAUGACAAAAGCACCAGUGUCCAUGCCACUGUCGCCUCUUCCUCCUCAUCAGCAGGUUCAGCUGGAAAUUCCAACAAUGACAUAAUCACCAAACGUCAACCUUCCAUGGAUAUGUACACCUUAGAUAAUGGUCAAACUUUUUCUACUAAAAAAAGAGCAAUUCCCUCAGUGGCUCCAGUUGCAAAUAAAUGUCCUGAAGAUUGGGAAGUGUUUGAUGAGAAAACUGGCCUACCAAAUCCCAAAUUUUUAACCGGUCAUUUUAAAAAAGAGGGAAGAUUGACUGAACAUCAAGUUUUAAAGAUUUUAAGAAUGGCCACAGAUGUUUUAAGUGGCGAGCCUAACUUAUUACACGUUCCUGCACCAGUAACGAUCUGUGGGGAUAUCCAUGGUCAAUUUUAUGAUUUACUGAAAUUAUUCGAAGUUGGCGGAGACCCAGCAACCACUCCAUAUUUGUUUUUAGGUGAUUAUGUUGACAGAGGAUAUUUUUCAAUGGAAGUUUUAUUACUUUUAUAUACUUUCAAACUUAAUUAUCCAAAUCAUUUUUGGUUGUUGAGAGGUAAUCAUGAAUGUAAACACUUAACCAGUUAUUUUACGUUCAAAGCAGAAUGUUUACAUAAAUAUAAUUUAAAAAUUUAUGAGACUUGUUGUAAAUCCUUUAACGCAUUGCCGUUGGCCGCUAUUACAAACAAUCAAUAUUUUUGUGUUCAUGGUGGGAUAUCUCCGGAGUUGAAACAUUAUAAUGAUGUAAAUACCAAGAUUCACAGAUUCAGAGAAAUUCCAAGUCGCGGCUUAAUGUGUGAUUUAUUGUGGGCGGAUCCUAUCGAAACUUAUGAUGAAGAUGAAGACCUAGAUGGUGAGAUUUUUGUCCCAAACACUUUGAGGGGUUGUUCAUUUGCGUUCACCUAUAAGGCAAGCUGUCAAUUUUUGGAGAGAACAGAACUACUAUCCAUAAUUAGAGCACACGAGGCACAAGAUCAAGGUUACAGAAUGUAUAAAAAUACCGAAAAUUUGGGAUUUCCCUCUUUAAUAACUUUGUUUAGCGCACCCAACUAUUUAGAUACCUACAAAAACAAAGCUGCUAUAUUGAAAUAUGGCGAAAAUGUUAUGAAUAUUAGACAAUUUAAUAUGGCACCCCAUCCCUAUUGGUUGCCUAAUUUCAUGGAUGUUUUCACUUGGUCGUUACCAUUUGUUGGCGAAAAAGUUACCGAAAUGCUAGUCAGUAUAUUGAAUAUUUGUAGCGAAGAAGAACUAGAAGGCAUGCCCAAUGACGUGUCAGAAACUAAUGCUGAAAAGACUGUUUCAGAUGACAAAGCUAAAGAAAAGAAUAACGAUACUAAUACACCAACAACUGUAACAACAACGAGCUCUUCUAUAUUGAACGAUGAUUUUAAAAGAAAAAGUCUAAGAAAUAAAAUUAUGGCAAUUGCCAAAGUGAGUAGAAUGUAUUCUGUAUUGAGGGAGGAGAGUCAAAAAGUAGAAUAUUUGAAAACUUUGAAUGAUGGAAUUUUACCACAAGGUGCUUUAGCUCAUGGUAAAGAUGGAUUGGAUGAAGCCGUCUCUGCAUUUGAACGUGCAAGAAAGGCUGAUUUAAUUAAUGAAAGAAGGCCACCUAAACUAUCCGAGGUGUCCAGAAAAAAAAAAGAAUAUGUUGAUGAGUUAGCCAAUAAGAUGAAACAUUAA